ACACCUGUGGAAUGCUGACAUUAUCAAAGCAACUACGGUAGGUUUUGUUCACUUUUGCAUGGUCUUGAUCGGGGUCAGCGUAACAUUGAGCAUCGCUCUGGUUAUCCAUUAAUCUGAGGGUUAGUUAGUACGCUCGUAUCAUAAAAAAGCGGAAAAGUUUUCGCCACAAAAGCCGUCAUUCCUUUCCUGGCGACUUUUGUCAAUUGGACUAUUUUAUAGAGCCGGGAAGUAGUUUCACAACUGUGUAUUUGCUGAGGCUUUCUUUGCAAAAUACAAGCAGUACAUUGGAUCGCUGACUGGAAGCUGCUGAAGGACAACCCCUAGAGGAGGGCGAGGCCUCAGCAACCAAACUAUGCUCUGAUAAAAGGCUGGAGUGUGGGAUUGCGCCUCAUCUGCUCAAGAUGGACAAAAGUAAGGAAGGCGUGGAGGGGGACGUCAAAUGGGAAAACAAGAUCCAGUACAUGCUGACCGCUAUCGGUUUUGCGGUGGGAAUCGGGAACGUUUGGCGUUUUCCCUACUUGUGCCAAAUCUACGGAGGAGGAGCGUUCCUCAUCCCCUACCUGAUAGCGCUGGUGUUUGAGGGUCUCCCCCUGCUCUACCUGGAGAUGGCCAUAGGACAGAGGCUGCGCAAAGGAAGCAUCGGAGUCUGGAGGUCCAUCUCGCCUUUCCUGGGGGGAGUUGGCAUCGGCUCUAUGGUUGUGUCUUUCCUGGUGUGCAUGUUCUACAACACCAUCCUGGCCUGGGUGUUUUGGUACUUUUUCAACUCCUUCCAGAACCCUCUACCUUGGAGCCAGUGUCCACUCAACGUUAAUCGCACAGGCGUGGAUGCGGAAUGUGAGAAGAGCACUCCAGUCAAUUACUUCUGGUACCGUCAGACGCUCAACAUCACGACUGACAUCGAGACCAGUGGUUCUCUGCAGUGGUGGUUGGUGGUCUGCCUGGCCUGCGCCUGGUUGUUGAUCUAUCUCUGUAUCGUCAAAGGAAUCCAGUCCGUGGGAAAGGCAGUUUAUGUGACAACCACCUUGCCCUAUGUGGUCUUGACCAUCUUUCUGAUUCGUGCCCUUACCCUGCCUGGAGCUGCGGAUGGACUGGUCUAUCUCUUCACUCCUGAUUGGGAGAUACUGAAGAACCCUCAGGUGUGGCUAGAUGCUUCCACCCAGAUCUUCUUCUCUCUCUCAGUGGCCUUUGGAGGCAUCAUAGCGAUCUCCAGCUAUGCCAAUGAACAAAAUGACUGCGAAAAGGAUGCAGUCGUCGUGGGAUUAAUCAACAGUGCCACAUCGCUUUAUGCAGCCAUCUCCAUCUUUUCCAUCCUGGGUUUUAAAGCCAACACCGGUUUUAACAGCUGUCUUAAGGAAAACAUCUUGACUUUGACCAACCACUUUGAGUUUUCCGACCAGAACAUAACAACGGAGAACUACGACCACUGGGUUGAGUAUCUGAAUUGGACCAGUCCUGUCGAGCUCUCCAGCUUGCGACUGAGAGACUGUGACCUAAAAACAUUCCUUGACCAGAGCGCUUCUGGAACCGGCCUGGCUUUCAUCGUGUUCACUGAAGCAGUGCUGGAGAUGCCUGGAUCGCAGUUAUGGGCUGUGUUGUUUUUCCUGAUGCUCUUCAGCUUAGGGUUGUCCUCCAUGUUUGGCAACGCGGAGGGAGUCCUCAAACCCCUUGCUGAUCUGGAGCUGUUGCCCAAGUCGGUGCCCAAUGAAGUUGUGACAGGGCUCUUCUGCUUGAUUUCCUUUUGCCUUUCUCUCAUCUUCACCAUGGGCUCUGGGAACUACUGGGUGGAGGUCUUCAACAGCUACGUGGGCUCCAUCCCCUUGCUCAUCAUUGCAUUCUUCGAGACAGUCGGAGUGGUGUACAUCUAUGGAAUGAAAAACUUCAGCGAGGACAUCUACUUCAUGACUGGCAAGAGACCCAAUAUUUAUUGGAAGAUUUGUUGGACCUUUAUCAGUCCUUUAUUGCUCCUGGUAGUACUGGUUGCCUAUGUGGUCCUCCAAACUCAGAAACACCCCACAUACUUUGCAUGGAACCAAGAUUAUAAACUCUUUCCCAAAACCGAGGUCAAGCCUUACCCAAAUUGGGUGUUUGCCAUCAUCGUGCUGCUCUGUGUAAUGCCCGUGAUCUCCAUCCCCCUGGUGGCUCUCUACAAAGGCAUCCAAAAGAUCAGGACCAUGUCUUCUAGACCUGCAGACCUGAACCCAUACAGCAAUGGCGGCUUCCAGAUGGAAGCGCAGUAACCUUGGCAUUACUGGGUGCAGCAGUAACAACUUUUGUUUAUCAGUACCGUAUUUUUCGGACUAUAAGUCGCAGUUUUUUUCAUAGUUUGGCCGGGGGUGCGACUUAUACUCCGGUGUGACUUAUAUAUGGUUUUUUCCUUCUUUAUUAUGCAUUUUCGGCCGGUGCGACUUGUACUCCGAAAAAUAGGGUAUAUUUGGAUUUUCUAAAAACCUAACGCAACAUAUUGCUGUCUGUUGGGGAUGAGUACAGGGGGUGUUUUGCCACUUUGUGUUACUUGUACUUCUAUUUAAUGCUCUGUGUUUCGCAUUAAUGUGCCAUCACUGCAAAUAUUGGCAUUUCUUCUUAUUUGAGAUGUGCUUCAAUUAUUACAAACAAUGGAUUUGUUCACGUAAAUUGAAACCAGGUACUUGUCUUUAUUACAAUUUUGCAAUCAAACAUCAUACAGUACGUGCAAUUGAAACAGGCCAGACGAUAGAUAGAUAGAUAGAGAGAGAGAUAUAUAUAUAGAUAGAGAGAGAGAGAGAGAGAGAGAGAGAGAGAGAGAGAGAGAGAAAGAGAGAUAGUGAUGCCAGUCACGUAUUUGAAGUUUUACAUUGACAAAUACCACAUUAAUUUUAAAUGAAAGUCCAAACGUGUGUGUUUAUUUGUACUGAAAGAUUUUUCAAUGAACUGCCUUUAUUUAUCCGGUGGUUGGAUUCGGGGCCAGGUUUGUGAUCAAUGUUAAAGUGCUAUGUAUCAUAUGAAAGAAAAAAACUGCACAUUAAUAAUUGAUAUUUCAACAUUGCACAUUGCUGAAUAUUCAAUCUAACUGUUUUGCAGAAAAACGAACGUUUAAGCUGAGAACAUUCUUACCCAAAAUGUGACUCUGCUGAGGGUGAGCGGACAGGCUUAUUACAUUUUGAUAGUCAAAAAGUCCACAGGGGUCCUUGGGUUGGCAGCCUGUCUCACCCGGGCCAGCUUCAAAUCUCCCAGCCGCCGCUCCAGACUACGUUUUCCUGAGCGCAGCAGACAUAUUUUUAAUUUUGUGAACUACCUAAUAUGGUAUUUUGGGCUUCAGGGGGAACUGCACAGUUUUUUUUAAUUUUGCCUAUCAUUCCCAAUCCCAAUGUAAAACAAGAACAUAUGUUUUUCUUUUUUUAUGGCAUCUAAAUCGUAAAUAAACAUUAGUUAUCGCUCUGAUCAAGGCGCGGCUAAAUUAGUUUGCCUGUGUUAGCGCUUAUAAUAACUUGGUUAAAGACCUACUGAAAGCCACUACUAGCGACCACGCAGUCUGAUAGUUUAUAUAUCAAUGAUGAAAUCUUAACAUUGCAACAGAUGCCAAUACGGCCGGGUUAAUUUAUAAAGUGACAUUUUAAAAUUCCCGCCACACUUCCGGUUGAAAAACUCCUUUGGAUAUGAUUUAUGCGCGUGACGUCACAAAAUGCACGGAAGUGGUUGGAUCCCAUCGGACCCGAUACAAAAACCUCUUGUUUUCUUCGACAAAAUUCCACAGUAUUCUGGACAUCUGUGUUGGUGAAUCUUUUGCAAUUUGUUUAAUGAACAAUGGAGACUGCAAAGAAGAACGUUGUAGGUGGGAUCGAUCUGUGUAUUAGCUGCUAAGUACAAUACUUACAGCAACACAACAAGGACUACUUACCCUGAUAGCAGACGCCUAGCCGAUGCUUGCCGCCAAACCCACGGAUGAAGUCCUUCGUCGCGCCGUUGAUCGCUGGAACGCAGGUGAGCACGGCUGUUGAUGGGAAGAUGAGGGCUGGCUGGCGUAGGUGGAGCGCUAAUGUUUUAUCAUAGUUCUGUGAGGUCCGGUUGCUAAGAUGCUAAAUUAGCCUUAGCGUCGUUAGCAACAGCAUUGUUAAGCCUUACCAGGCUGAGAAUUUUUAACCGUGUAGUUACAUGUCCAUGGUUUAAUAGUAUUGUUGAUCUUCUGUCAAUCCUUCCAGUCAGGGGUUUAUUUAUUUUGUUUCUAUCUUCAUUUGAGAACGAUGCUAUCACGUUAGCUCAGUAGCUAAGUGUGUCACCGAUGUAUUGUCGUGGAGAUAAAAGUCACUUUAAAUGUCCAUUUCGCGUGCUCGACUCUCAUUUUAAGAGGAUAUAGUAUCCCAGGUGGUUUAAAAUACAAAUCCGUGAUCCACAAUAGAAAAAGGAGAGUGUGGAAUCCAAUGAGCCAGCUUGUUCCUAAGUUACGGUCAGAGCGAAAAAAGAUACGUCCAUCACUGCCUCUCAAGUCCUUCACUGUAACGUUCCUCAUCUACGAAUCUUUCAUCCUCGCUCAAAUUAAUGGGGUAAUCGUCACUUUCUCGGUCCGAAUCUCUCUCGCUCCAUUGUAAACAACGGGGAAUUGUGAGGAAUACUAGCUCCUGUGACGUCACGCUACUUCCGCUACAGGCAAGGCUUUUUUUUAUCAGCGAGCAAAAGUUGCGAACUUUAUCGUCGAUUUUCUCUACUAAAUCCUUUCAGCAAAAAUAUGGCAAUAUCGCGAAAUGAUCAAGUAUGACACAUAGAAUGGAUCUGCUAUUCCCGUUUAAAUAAAAAAAAAUCAUUUCAGUAGGCCUUUAACAUACAUGUCAGGAGAUGUAAAUAUUGUAGGCGCUUUUUGGAUGCACUUUUAGAGUGCUUGAAAGGCGGAAUGGAUUUCUCCCAAUCUCUGCAUUGUUAGCCACCUACAACAAGCCCAUUGAUACAAAUUGAAAAACUAAAUAAAUCCAUAAGUGUUCUUGUCUCCCAUAAGGAUGGUGAAUAAUAAGCAAAAUUCCCCCAAAAAACUGCAGUUCCCAUUUAAUGAGCAAAUGAAUAAGCAAACUUAAUAGUUGCAGUUUGUGUUAGGUUAGUCAAUGUACACACAAAUUUCAACAGCAACAUUAGCCUGCAAUGCUUAUGAACUAAAAUAACCGCUCAAAAUAAUAACCUCAAUUAAAACCUGCAUUUAGCUUGUUAUCCAGCAACAGUGUUUAUGCUGUAAGACAGAAAGCCAAAUGUGGAUCAAACCUGUAUGCAAUAAUCUCUUAUUCUCACCAAGUAAAAAAGUGCAAUUCAAAAUAACACAAAGCUCUCCCGCUAAUCCUUCGCUCUUCUUUACCUGAUAAUAAUAAUUAUCCCCUUCUUUGCGUGCUCUAACACUUGAGGUGUCCAAAGGGCCAAUUUACAGCUCACUUAUUAUGGGCCCGCGACACAUUCUAAAGAAAAAUACCCAUGUCCCAAAUUACAACAUUACACAUAUAAAAUAUGCUACAUAAAGAAAUGAAAUAAAUAAAUAUUGAAAUAAAAAAAAUGUAAAAAAAGAAAUUGCCCCCAAGAUGGGACCUGAAAACCAAAAUGGCCAACGACCUGUGUGUCUUUUUUAUGUAUGUUCUUACACGCCUUUGUUAUUAUGAAAUGUUCAGAUAAAGUUAACCAUGUAUUGUGUUUAAUAUCUUUAAUGUACAAAUUCUAUCAAAGUCAGUUUGGACACCCCUGCUCUUGUCUUUGGUUUCUUGGCCAUGGUGUUGAAGACAAAGAGUGUCCAGCUGCUUCUGGACGUACACUAGCGUUCAAAAGUUUGGGGUCACAUGGAAAUGUCCUUAUUUUUGAAGGAAAAGCACUGUACUUUUCAAUGAAGAUAACUUGAAACUAGUCUUAACUUGAAAGAAAUACACUCUAAUGUGGUAAACGACUAUUCUAGCUGGUUUUUGGUGCAAUAUCUACAUAGGUGUAUAGAGGCCCAUUUCCAGAAACUAUCACUCACUCCAGUGUUCUAAUGGUACAAUGUGUUUGCUCAUUGGCUCAGAAGGCUAAUUGAUGAUUAGAAAAGCCUUGUGCAAUCAUGUUCACACAUCUGAAAACACUUUAGCUCGUUACAGAAGCUACAAAACUGACCUUCCUUUGAGCAGAUUGACUUUCUGGAGCAUCACAUUUGUGGGCUCAAUUAAACGCUCAAAAUGGCCAGAAAAAGAGAACUUUCAUCUGAAACUCCACAGUCUAUUCUUGUUCUUAGAAAUGAAGGCUAUUCCACUAAAUUGUUUGGGUGACCCCAAACUUUUGAACGGUAGUGUACAUCAUUCAACUGUGUGUCUGCUUGUUUGGUGGAGGGCGGGGAGAUUUUUAUAACUUCAUCUACGUGCUUUGGUUCAAUAAAGCAGUUUUUGAUAGUGUUUUAUGAAUUUUCCUGGAACGUUAGGUGUUUAUGUGUGUGUUUCCUGACGGGACACCUACGUUUCUGCAGCUGGGGCAGCAUCU